UCUUCAAAACAGGAUGUCUGUGUCAGUUGCUGCCAAAAAUAUUUUUCCAGUAAUAGGCGAGAGUCCUCACUGGGAAGAAAGUUCCAAAUCCCUUCUAUUCAUUGAUAUAGUAACUGCAGGUUACUACAGAUGGAAUUCCCUGGAUGGAACAUGUGAGGAAAUCCACGCUGACAGUGGUUUGGCUGGUUUCAUCAUCCCUCGCCAGAGUGGAGGUUACCUUCUAUCAAAUAAGGCCAGAAUAUUACAUUUGGAUUUUGCCAGUCGCAAACUGGAACCCUUCCUGACGAUCCAGCCUGAUGAAUUAGAUCUCCAUCUUAACGAUGCUAAGUGUGACAGCAAAGGAAGACUGGGCAGGGACCAUGGGACGCUUUAACACUCCUUCUGACUUUGUAAAAGAAGCUGGAUGUUUGUAUCGAAUUGAGAAAGGCCUAAAACCAUUUGCCUUCAAGGAAAAAACCAAUAUUUCCAAUGCAUAACUUGGUCAACAGAUGAUAGAACCAUGUUCUACACACAUUCCAUUCCCAGAAAAAUAUUUUCCUAUGAUUAUGACAUCCAUUCUGGAGAGGCAUCAAGAGAAGAAGUUGUUGUGGACUUCACUGAUAAAGAAUGGUCAGAGUAUGGCAUGCCAGAUGGAAUGACCACGGAUGUAAUGGAUAAGCUUUGGGUAGCAGCAUUCAAAAGUAGCCGAGUGUUCCAAAUUGAUCCUGAAACAGGAAAAAUUCUUCAGACUAUCAAGUUUCCAGUGUCUGAGAUGACUUCCUGCUGCUUUGGUGGACCAAAUUACGAUGAACUGUAUGUCACAUCAAGUCACCUCAGUUUAACCGAUGAGGAGUUUAAAAAUAACGAACCCCUCGCUGGAAGUCUCUUCAAGGUCACAGAAACAGGAGCUAAAGGAAGGCCAGCAUUUUCUUUCCAGGGCUGAUUCUUUUUACAGAAUGUUCUAGAUUCAUGGAACCAAACCCACCAGCUAAAUGAAUGAAUGAAUAAAUAGUGAUUGGGUAUUCUUGGAGUCUCGUGGAAUCAUGUUAUCCAAAAUACUUUUGUAUCAUUCUAUUAAGCAUUAAAACUUAUACACAUUCUAUAUUCA